AUGAAUGGAGGGGGCGGUCACGAGGAGUGGGUGACGCGAGCGCUUGCGGAAGCAGAGCGUGAUACGUCCCUACAUAGAGUGGCUUCUGUGAGUUCCAGGACAGAUUUCUGCAUGCAGGGAAUGACGACUCAUUUCAAGCCGAACAAAGCAUUAAAGGUCAAGAAGGAGGCUGGCGAGAAUGCCCCGGCCCUCAGCGACGACGAGCUGGUGGCCAUGUCAGUGCGUGAGCUCAACCAGCACCUGCGCGGGCUGACCAAGGAGGACGUGGUGAAGCUCAAGCAGCGGCGGCGCACUCUCAAGAACCGGGGCUACGCUGCCAGCUGCCGGAUCAAACGCGUCACCCAGAAAGAGGAGCUGGAGAGGCAGAAGAUCGAGCUGCAAAUGGAAGUGGACAAACUGGCCCGGGAGAACGCCAGCAUGAGAUUGGAGCUGGACGCGCUGAGAGCCAAGUACGAGGCGCUGCAGUGCUUCGCCCGGACUGUCACCCGCGGGCCACUGUCGCCGGGGAAAGUAGCCACCACCAGCGUCAUCACCAUCGUCAAAUCGGCCAACAAUCACAACAACAGCUCCGCCCCCUUCUCUGCCCCGUCCUAG